AUGUUUACUUCUGUUCAGUUCUCAUAGAAAUACAAAAGGAUGAAUAUAGAUAAGCUUGCUUCUACCAUGACACAAGCUCAACUAGGAGAUCACAGGGAGGAUCCAACACAAGUACAAAACUCCGCUUCCAUGUGUAGCGAUGAGAAUUUACUAAACCAUGAAUUUAGCAAACUGAAACAAGAUGAAGUAGCUAUAGUUAUGGUUCCAUUUCCAGCUCAAGGACAUCUUAACCAACUUCUCCAACUUUCAUGUUUAAUCUCCUCCUAUGGUCUUCCUGUCUACUAUGUUGGCUCGGCCACACAUAAUCGUCAAGCCAGGAUUCGAGCCAACGCCUUAAAUCCUUCAGAACUUGCCAAAGUCCACUUCCAUGACAUCCCAACUCCUGAAUUUGCCUCACCAUCACCUGAUUUUAAUGCCUUGAGCAAAUUCCCAUCACAUCUUCAACCAUCAUGGAAUGCCUCUAUGCUUCUUCGCGAGCCCAUUGCUUCUUUCUUACGCGAUAUUUCAUCAAAAUCAAGACGAGUCAUUGUUGUUCAUGAUCCUUUAAUGUCCUAUAAUGUUCACGAUGUUUCUUCUUUACCCAAUGCUGAAUCCUAUAUGUUUAAUUGCAUAUCAGCUUUAACUUCCUACAGUUUGAUAAGCUUAUUUUUUGGGAUGUCUGACCAACAUGAAGAAGAAUCGCUUAAAAAGCUACCCUCCCUUGAAGGAAUUAUGACAGAUGAAAUCAGGGACUUAUCAGCUUCUCAGCAACGCUAUCUAGAUAUUCGAUCCGGUGAUCUUAAUAAUACAAGCAGAGUAAUUGAAGGCAAGUAUCUUGAUUUGCUGGCACAAGCAGAACUUAAUAUGAACAAGAAACAAUGGGCAAUUGGACCUAUUCUGCCUACUAAAUUCGAUCAUAUCUCGAAUAGGGAGAAUAUAUGUUUGGAUUGGCUUAACAAACAACCUCCAAGAUCAGUACUUUAUAUAUCUUUUGGAACAACAACUUCAUUUUCCGAUAGAGAAAUCAAGGAGCUCGCGAUGGGAUUAGAACAAAGCAAACAGAAGUUCAUAUGGGUGUUGAGAGAUGCCGAUAGAGGAGAUAUCUUUAAAGGGGAAGAUAGAAGAGUUGAGCUGCCAGAAGGGUUUGAGGAGAGAUUAAAAGAUGUAGGCUUAGUGGUAAGAGAAUGGGCACCACAACCAGAAAUAUUGGCUCAUUCGUCUACAGGCGGGUUCAUGAGUCAUUGUGGAUGGAAUUCAUGCAUAGAGAGUAUUACUAUGGGAGUGCCUAUAGCUGCUUGGCCUAUGCACUCUGAUCAACCAAGAAAUGGUUUCUUGGUGACAGAAGUGCUAAAAAUAGGCCUGAUUGUGAGGGAGUGGGGGAAACGCGAGGAGUUGGUGAAUGCAUCCACCAUUGAGAAUGUUGUGAGGAAGUUGAUGGCAUCAGAAGAAGGAAAUGUGAUUAGAAAAAGAGCAGAAGAAUUGGGAGAAGCUGUAAGGCAGUCCACAGAGAAAGGGGGUACUUCUCGAAUAGAGUUGGAUUCUUUCAUCGCGCAUAUCACAAGAUAGAC